AUUUGAACCGCCAGUUGCAUAAGUAGGCAUCUGCUUGUUCUAUAUUUGCUUGUAAUCCCCCCAACCCAUAUUUUUACAGGACAGGGCCUGCCUCCAUUUCAGGUGAAAACAUAAAAGUCAUGUCCAAGAGGGUUCUUUGCAAGUUCUAUUCCCAUGGAGCUUGUUUAAAAGGGGAAAAUUGUGAGUUUUCGCAUGAUUGGAAGGACCCUGCGAAUAAUGUGUGCACUUUUUAUCAAAAAGGAGUUUGUUCUUAUGGAAGUCGUUGUAGAUAUGAGCAUGUCAAGGUUUCUCGGUCACAACCUUGUGCAACAUCUUCAUCAGCGGUCACUCUCCAGUAUUCUGGUUCUUUUCCUGCAACAAAUUCUUCAAGAAAUGCUGCAAGUGGUAGAACUGCCGCAGAAGGUGUUAAUAGGGAACUUUUAGAUUCCAGCAGAUCCUUUGUUCCAGCUACUAACCCAGCAUGGAAUGAAAUAUCUGCGCUUCCUCAAUCAUUAGAUGACACUUAUACCCGGGAGUCUGGGACUAAUCCAGCUGAACUUGUCAUGUGCUCAUUUGCUGCUGCUGGUAACUGUCCCCGUGGCGAGAAAUGUCCCCACAUUCAUGGGGAUCUAUGUCCCACCUGUGGAAAACAUUGCUUGCAUCCUUUUAGACUGGAGGAGAGAGAGGAGCAUUCAAGAAUGUGUGAGAAAAGGCAUAUUCACCUUGAGGCAUUGAAGCGUAGUCAAGAAAUAGAAUGCUGUGUUUGCCUGGAACGUGUUCUUUCAAAACCUACCGCAGCUGAACGGAAGUUUGGGUUGUUAUCUGAAUGUGAUCAUCCAUUUUGUGUAUCAUGUAUAAGAAAUUGGCGCAGCAGCUCUCCAAUUUCUGGAAUGGAUGUGAAUUCUGCAUUAAGAGCCUGCCCGAUAUGUCGAAAACUCUCAUACUUUGUCAUUCCCAGCGUCAUAUGGUAUUCCACAAAAGAGGAAAAGCAGGAAAUUGUAGACAGUUACAAGUCAAAACUCAGGUCUAUAGACUGCAAGCACUUUGAUUUUGGAGAGGGUUCCUGCCCAUUUGGAACAAGUUGUUUUUACAAACAUGCAUACCGUGAUGGUCAUCUUGAGGAAGUUGAUCUACGUCAUCUUGGGGCUGAUGAUGGAAUGACAGUGAUUGCUAAAGAUAUUAGGCUCUCAGACUUCCUUAACAGUUUGCGGCUAAGGUGAAAAUCCAGUCUUGAUUCCAGGAUCUGUAUCAGGAUAUGUGACAGAUUAUGUGCCAUGGUAGGAAAACAAAUAUCAUCAAAUAUGCAGCGGCAGAGUGCGAUUUUUUCAUAAGGUUUAAAUGAUUGACUGCUUGCUGCUAUGGAAGAAAAUUAAAGAUGCAGGGGAGGGCAGGGGGGAUCGGAGUAUUUAUACACAAACUUAAAUCUAAUAUAUAUAAAGUAGAAAGGUAUAUAUAUAUUGGAUGAACACAAAGGAACUUGAUCAAAAUAAGGGAUUAUGUAUCCUUGCCUGCCUGUCGGUCCCUUAAAUGCAAUGAUGGCUGUGAAUAACAGUGUUAUGUUUUGUGUUCUAUUUACUUGGCUUUAUGUUUCUAUUUGCCUGGCUAAUAAUGUUGCAAAACAAAAUUUUAUAUAUUCAGGUGUUUUGAAUC